AUGUUGGUCGCGGAUGAUGUUCUAAAAGCAGAGGUCUCGAUACUACGCCAUUUUGCUCGUGGAGGUGGUUUCGCGCUUCUAACCCAAAAUCUUCAGCUCUAUCAACCGUCAUAUGAUGCUGUGGCAAUGCUGAACUCCUCAGCAACAAGUCGGUUUAUUUCGUGUCCGUCUCAGAUGAUUUCGGUUGUGCAGACGACGUCUAAUUCACUGAACAGUCCUUUUGAUUUAUCUGCGUAUCCAUUGUUCAUUGAUCAGCUGGUGCAGGACGAUACAUACGGUACUGGUAUCUUUGUCCCUAAGCCUGCUAUGUCGGCAUUUGGUGACGAGGGAGGGAAUUUUUAUGAACAACAGUGGGAGUCAUUUUACGACUCUGUACCCAUUGCCCAGACUGCAACCGAUUAUCUGAAUAAGAAUUCCACGGGUUCCGUGAGUGGAGUUAACAUCUUUCCAUCGCAGUUCACAGUCCCCUUUCAUCUCGGUUCUUUUCAGAAGGAAGUGAGGCACACGUCUGCUGGCUCGAGUAGCGCUGUCUCAAUCUUGUCUCCACAUGUUAUAAUAGCCUUCAGUGUUUUAUUAAGGCUGGACGGUUAUGCUGAACACCUCGUCUCUCUUGAUCGUCAUCGAACGAAGCGACUUUUGCAGUUGGCAGUGGGGAUUUUUGCGUCAGAUCGUUUAGCAGGUGUUAGUUUGACCAGUUCUCACGAUCGUCGUAUAGACAACGAACUGAGCCAGACGGAUGACAGUGCUAGGCAGUCCUCAGAAAAUGAACUUCUUUCGCUCCUUCCUUUUAUUGUACUAAAAGAUCUCUAUAAGAGCCAUCCUCCAAGUUCUGAAGCGGGAAGGUCUAUUCGCAAGAGGUCAGUCGAGUACGGAGUACUUGACAUUGUUCUCGCGUGUCUCUCUCAUUUUAGUCAUCAGCGUCAUAGGGCUACCCCUGUUAGACCUAAAUCUUUACUUCCCACUCCGGAAACGGUUUCAAUAACCGAACAUAUGUUAAAGUUAGCUUCGCAGAUGGAGAUUGUUUAUGCCGAGAUAACAAAUAAUGCAAGCCAUGCCGCUUACGAAGAGCGUCUCAACGCACUGGCUGGUUACAGCGCGAUGAACCAACAGCAGAGCCAGCCGCAAAAUUAUUGGGCAAAAGGAACUGGAUUUGGAAGUGGCACCACUCAGCAACAAUGGGACGUUGAUUUACAUGUUAUGAAGAGGAAAAUGGAUGAGAAGAAUGUAACUCAUUUGCUUCAAGUUCUUGCGAAUUAUAUUUGUCCAAACGAGGAAUUUUUACCAUCUUUGGAUUCGCUUAGUAUUACGGCUGAAACAAACUUGGAAAUAAAUGGCUCUGAAUGGCCGCCUGGUGCAGUGUACGCCCCUGACUGCGGCUUGGAUUAUAGCGUAAUCCAACUUCUUGACCGUUCUUGUCUCUUCCCUGCUAUCUGGUCAUACUUGCGGAACGAUUCUGUUCUGGAUAUAUCGCGACACGUUGAUGUCUAUGAUGCUGUUAUGCAGAUUAUCACUGCUCUUGCGCUUUGCCCUUGUGUUUUUGAACCCGGAGGAGGAGAUGCAAUAACUAAGCUUUUAUCCACUUCUGACUCCGGUGCUUCACUUUUGACGAUGUUAAAAAAGUUAAACGACUGUAUUUGCGCAUAUUUGAGCAAGAUUGAUAUUCAGUUGUGCGCUGACCUUCGAGAGGGGAGGAAGGUUGAAGAUGGUUCGAAGAACAGUGAAGAAAGGCUUAUCAAAUUGUCACCGCUGAUUCUACGUACUUGUGCUCUACUUUCUAAGCGUGUUCGAAAUGAACCUGCUGAGAAGAAGGAAGACAAAAGGACUGUUCUUACCGUGGAGGAAAUGUAUAUUGACACUAUGCGACCAAUCCAAUUUGGUCUGAUUAGCUCUCUUUCUGUUUUUAUUCUUUUGUUCGGGAAAAAAAUAAACACUCAAAAAACUGUCCCAUUUUUUAAUGAAGAAAGACGUAUUCCUUACCAUUACGAAAGUUCUCUACCUGUAACUGGAUUAUCGGCAUCUGCUGGUAAACGUACUCGUCGGUUAGCCCAAGAAAUAGUUACCCUUAGUAAUUCUUUACCGCUUUCCUCGAGCAGCUCUGUUUUUUUGCGUGCCGCGGAAGAGAGGAUCGAUGUGAUGAAAGUGAUGAUCACUGGACCGGCAGACACACCAUAUAUGAAUGGUUGUUUUGAAUUUGACAUAUGGUUCCCUGUCGAUUAUCCUAAUUCGCCGAUGUUAAUCAAUUUGGAAACAACAGGCAACCACACGGUGAGGUUCAACCCGAACUUGUACAACGAUGGGAAAGUUUGUUUGUCUAUUUUAAAUACGUGGCAUGGACGGCCUGAGGAGAGGUGGAAUCCAGAGACGAGUAGUUUCUUGCAGGUUAUAGUCAGCAUGCAAUCUCUAAUACUUGUAUCUGAGCCCUAUUUUAACGAACCUGGCUAUGAACGUUCGAAAUGUACGCAAACCGGGCAACAGGCAUCCUUGGAAUAUGACGCAAAUAUACGUCAAGCGACUGUGAAGUGGGCUAUGCUCGAGAUGUUACGUCAUCCUCCAAAAGCUUUUGAGAACGUGGUUCAAAAACAUUUUUGGCUUAAACGCAGUGAAAUCACUGCACAAGUAACAAAGUGGCUAAAAGAAGGAGAAAAGCAGGUCGAGGAACAACAUGGAACUAAUGCUCAUGUGCAAGCCCUCCAAACCCAUCUAGCUUCUUUGAAGCGUCACUGGAGUGCGCUGGAAGAGGAGUUGGCUGCAAUGAAGUGCCCUGAUGGUCUAGAUGAUAAUUAUACGCUCAGUGUGUCUGAUCCUCCAUCGUCUGCGGUUAUGAAUUUGGUUGGUAAUAGUUUAUCCCAAAGAAGCGAGCAAAAGCUCAAAACGUCAAAGGGUCCUAUAAAGGUGCUCAAACUGUGA